CUCCAAUUCUCCAUCACCCGCCCCAGCCCGAGCGCGCCGCCGCAAACGCUAUCGGCUCGACGCCGGCGGCUUGACGCAGCGUCGUCUUGCGCCUCACGCUCUCUUUCGUCAGGUCACCACCUCUCUCCCCGCUAUUAGAGAUCACCCCAUCACCUCUCGAACUCAGAGGAGAAACCCUCGGGAAGGGAUCGCUCUUGGCUGUGCUGUGCAGCGCCGCCACCGCCUGGGACCAGCGCGCGAUGGCGGUGAGCCCGGAGCUGGAGGGCCUGCGGCGCAUCGCGCCUUCCCGCUUCGUCGCCUUCUCCUUCCCCAACCCUUUCCUCGGCCACGCCUCCGAUCCUUACGGGGACGGGGGCGGCAGCGGCGGCGCGGGGGAGUGCCUCCGGGUUGCCGUUCUCGAUUCGCCCCUCCCCUCCCCACCCGUCCCGGGGACCGCGGCGAUGCUUGUCCCGGCCGGCCGGCACCGCGACUGGAUCUUCUCCACCCGCGCCGGGCACCUCCACCUCCUCCUCUCCAUCCAGUUCUCCCGUCUCAUACUCGUCGGCCCCGAGCUCUCUGCGCCUUUUCCUCGGGUCGUUCCUUGCGUCGCUCGCCCGGACCCGGACCCCGCUCACGCCCGGCUCCGCCCCCUUCUCCUUGCUCUCUGCCCCGUGGCCGCGUUUUGGGACAAUGCCGUCCCUGACGUCCCGUUGCUCACCUUCCAGGAUGAUCUCCUCCUGCUUGCUCCCGUCAAGUUUGUCACUGGCCCGGUCGUCGGCGAGAUGGUCGUCGAGGAUGUGGCCAUUGACAAUGCUCCCGGGCCAGCCGAAUUGCACCGCAGGCUGCGGUUCAAGCGCAUGCCCUGCCUCGUGCAGACCCAGGUUCGCCUAUGUCGGGCGCCUGCUGCUGCUUCAUCGUCGUUGGUGGAAACACUGGAGGGGUCAGGUGGUUUCUUACAGUCGGAGGUGGGUGGUUCGUUGGUCCAGCCUUACCUCCAAGCCAUGGUUGCCGGUCUUGCAGUGAUCGCACCUUCCAUUGAGGAGAGUAUUCAGUCAGGUGUUAGGCCUAGAUGCCUCUGUGCUGGUGUUGGAGGUGGAUCACUCCCCAUGUCGAUCAGAGUGGGACUUCAGUUCAAUGUGCUCGGUGUAGAGGCUGACGGUGUUGUCCUGGAUGUCGCAAGGAAUCAUUUUGGUCUGGUGGAGGAUGAGUUUCUCCAUGUCCAUGUCGGUGAUGCUAUACAGAUGAUAGAGAAUUUUUCUCGGCGAGGGGAGCCUGGUAUGAAAUUCAGUGCAGUUAUGGUGGAUCUUGACUCCUCUGAUGCUAUGUGUGGUGUCAGCGCGCCCCCAUUGGAGGUGAUUCAUGGAAGCGUCCUUCAUGCUGCUCGCACAAUCCUGGACCAGCAUGGAGUGUUGAUACUGAAUGUCAUCCCACCUCCUGCAGAUGGAUCCGUCUACAAGGGGCUGAUUGAUGUUCUUCGCCAAGUUUUCUCAGAACUGUAUGAGAUAGAUGUUGGUAAUGGCGAGAAUUUCGUUCUUACUGCCACAGUUUCACCAACUGAGACUGCACUUACUGAUAAUUCAGGACACUUUCUUACAGAACUGAGGAAAUUAGCUGGGGAUUUCCUGGAACAUAUAAGGAAAAUUUGACAUUUCUAGUGAUUAUGUGGUCUUCUUUCUAUUAUCCUCCACAAAGGCUGGUACAUAUCCUUGCUAACUGUUGGAACUUGAGAGGCUAUAUUAGCAUUUAAGCACUACAAAUGGAUUUUGCUGUUGUAUACACCACAGCUUAACAAAAUAGAAAAAAAAUGAGGUGUUUGUUCUGUGUUAUUUAUCAAAACAUGAGACACGUAUUAACCUUUUGAGGCAUCAGUGCAAAGUCACUUGUUUUCUAAUGAAUA